AUGAGCCUUCGGAACUUGUGGAGAGACUACAAAGUUUUGGUUGUUAUGGUCCCUUUAGUUGGGCUCAUACAUUUGGGGUGGUACAGAAUCAAAAGCAGCCCUGUUUUCCAAAUACCUAAAAACGACGACAUUCCUGAGCAAGAUAGUCUGGGACUUUCAAAUCUUCAGAAGAGCCAAAUCCAGGGGAAGUAGCAGGCUUGCAAUCUUCAGAUAAAGAAGCAGCUUUGAAUCUGAGCUUCACAUCAAAAGAAGACAUGAAAAAUACCAGUUGGAUUAGAAAGAACUGGCUUCUUGUAGCUGGGAUAUCUUUCAUAGGCAUCCAUCUUGGAACAUACUUUUUACAGAGGUCUGCAAAGCAGUCUGUAAAAUUUCAGUCUCAAAGCAAACAAAAGAGUAUUGAAGAGUGAAGUAAAAUAAAUAUUUGGAAUUACUAA